UUUACCGCAUGUGACAAUGGUGAAAUCAGAAUUUCAACAAACCGGGAUUUUGUCAUUUUCGUAAGGCUCAUCACGUGGCUUCCCGCUUCCCAUGAUGCACCGGGGCGCGUGUAUCGUAUCGUGACGUGUCGUCGUUCGGUCAGAUUCCCCGAGUUUACGUGGAGCAGUGUGCGGAAGAGUGUGUCAGCGGCGUUCGUUCCCGUCACUCGCUGUUAGGCAUUCUGUUCGUGGUGCAGUUCGUCUGUAAUCGUCGUUGAAGAAUCCAUCUGCGCCUGUACACUGGGUCUUACUAAAAAGAACCUUUGACUUUACAUCAACUUCGAUACAGUCAAAAUCAACCAAAAUGCCUGCAGCUCCAAGUUCCACAUCUGUUGGGGCAGGAGGACGAUCCCCCAGCAAAGUAGUCGCUCCCAGAGCCAGUGGUGGAGGUACGGUCAGACAGCGAAAAACAGCUCCUGCUACCUCAGCCAGGAAUCGUAACACCGGCACAAGCUCUGGUGGCAUGUGGAGGUUUUACACCGAUGAUUCUCCUGGCAUCAAAGUUGGACCUGUGCCUGUCCUAGUGAUGUCUCUUUUGUUCAUCGCAUCUGUUUUCAUGCUCCAUAUUUGGGGAAAAUACACUCGCUCCUAAUUAUCCUGAGUAUUGACGUGCAAUUUAAAAAUUAAACCGAGAUAAGACAUGAACUAUGCCCUAUGUGAUUUGUGCACGAGUAAUCGUUACCUAUAUCAUAAUGUACGGAGCAAGGAAGAACACUUUUUC